UGUCAGGACUUCUGAACGCCAGCUUUCAAAUGACAAGCUAACCAGCUAGCUCAAAGCUAACGGGGCUGCGAGCCUCUGUAGCAAACAGCUCUGCAGAAAAACAGCUGAACCACCCCGGUGGCACAUCUAAACACCGUCUUGGCAAUCCGUGAUGGACUCCAGGUCUCGCAGACUUCCUUUUUGUCUGUCCAGCUCAAGGUCGUCCUACACAUCCAGUCCAGCAGUCUCCUCCUCAUCACUGGGCUCCAGUAGGUUGUACAGUAGGGACACUGUGCUGAAUAAUGACCGCUUCCCGAGGGCGUCAUCAGCUUACAAAGCGGACUUGGACCACCAGAGUUCCAGUUUCCUGAGCUCGUCCAGAGACUACAGCAGCUCUGACAGUCGCUCUACCAGCUGGAAGUUGCCCUCUUCUCUGACAUCCUCCAGCAGAUCUUAUGAUCACCCGUGGACCGAAUCCUCGCUCAGCAGUCGGAGCAAACCGACUGAUUCUGAGGCGAGGUUGGGAAUGCGCUCCAGUCUGUUGAACGCCACUGAUGACGGCGAUUCUAAAAGAGCCAAACUCUCAUACAACAGGGGACUGUACUCAAGAACGGCUGGCACCUCAGCUACAGGAUCCACCUAUUCCAGUACUGGGCUCAGCAGUGGCAGAGGCACGGGUGAAAAACAAACUGACGCCUAUGAUUCAUCGUGGAGCUCAUGCCGUUUACUCUCACGGUCGCCAUCUUCCUCUUCAAAGCCGCUGUUGUCCACGAGAGAGUUGGAGACAAAGAACGAGCCCAGCCUCUCAGGUCUAGGAGAAAGAAGGAUCAGGACUCCUGGACUGGCUUCGUCAUUGUAUCAGACAGACAGAGUGACCUCCACAUAUGCACAGGGAGCACGGCCCAAAGAGACUGCCUACUCUCCCUCCUUUUCUUCCUCCUCCUCCACUGUUAGAGAAAGCUCCCUAAAUCGCCACCUCCCAUCUUCCACCUCCUAUCGAUCCUCUCCUCUUGUGCGAGACUUCAGCAGCAGGACCCCAUCCCGUUUCUUGAGCGGCUCAUCCGCCCUCCACUCAUCUCAGGGACAAUCAAGAAACCCUGACUCUUCUUCAGAUAGCUCCUCCUCUUACUCCUCGCACAGCUCCAGGUACACUACUCCCCUGCCCACAUCGGAGGCCACGCUUCCUCCAAGGCCGGCCCCAGAAGGUGGAGAGCCAGAGGGCCGGCGCUCCGCUCGGGGCCUUUUGUCCCGUCUCUUUUCACGGCGCUCCAGCCAAGACUCCUCUAGUGGAUCGUCCAGUGUUCGCUCCCUCGACGAGGACAGUCCAUCGACUGGUGGAGAGUCUGUGGACAGUGACGAGGGAGCUCGCAGUGUGGAGCCCGAAUCAGAGGCAACCUCGGGUAGCUUCAGGACUCGUAGAGCAGACCUCGCUCCUAUACAGGAAAACCGCAACGAUGGCUAUCGUAGUGGCCAGGCUCCGUCCAGAAUGGCGUCGUGGAGAGAGCCUGGCGUCAGCAGUAGCAACAACACCAGCAGUGGAGGAGGUAGCAGCAGCUACUCCUGGCUGUCCUCCUCCCUCCGUGGCCGCUGCCCUCCCCUCCUCUCUCGCCUCAGAAGACACACUCGGGACGAUAGCUCACACUCAGCUGCGGGCUUAGAGGAAGGCUACAGCCGUCCACAUUUAUUGAGAAGGUGGGACGACCUCGAGUACAAAGCAACACAGGAAGAAGAUGACGACGAGGACGAGGAGGAGGAUGAAGAGGAGGAGGAAGAUGAAGGAGCAGUUGGUUUAGAGGCUUUUGGCACAGGUCGACCCUGCAGACUCGAGGAUGAAACGUUACCUGAACUCGAAGAUGCCUCGGUUGAAUUUUCGCCACGCCGCAGAGUCGGAGUAUAUAACAACAUUUCAGCCUCUAUGGGUCCAUUUGGUGGUGUUGACAGUCAGGCGGACGACCAGAAAGAGAAGCACAUUUCCAGUAGGGAUCAAGAGAAGCUACGCAAGAUAAAGGAGAGACUACUGCUGGAGGAUUCUGACGAGGAAGAAGGCGACCUGUGCCGAAUCUGCCAGAUGGGGGAGGAAGUGGCCACCAACCCCCUGAUUCAACCCUGCCGCUGCACAGGUAGUCUGCAAUACGUCCACCAGGAAUGCAUCAAGAGGUGGCUCCGCUCCAAAAUUGGCUCAGGCACAAACCUCGAGGGCAUCACAACAUGUGAACUCUGUAAGGAGAAACUGCGUUUGAACAUAGACAACUUUGACAUUCAGGAGUUGUACAGGACACAUGUUCAAUCAGAAUAUGACGAGUUUAUCAGCAGCGGUCUCUAUCUGGUGGUGUUGCUGCAUUUCUGUGAGCAGAGGUUCUCUGACGUCCUGGGAGCAGUCGAUGCUGCUGGGUUAUUCAACCUGGUGAGAAUUCUUCAUGAACACAUGGACAAUCUUGAAAUUCCCCACGCAGAAAGUGACGAGGAGCCGCGAGACAACAGACCAUCUAUCGAGUUUUCUGACCUGGAUGAUGAUCUUGAAGAGGAGUAUUAAUUACAUGAAAGCAGUGGAUUGAGGGUAUAUUUAAAAAAAAAAAAAAAAAAAAAAAAAGUGGGUCACUCCAUGCCAUAUGGUAGCUCACCCAGUUUUCACACAUGCUUCGACAUUGUCAUGUUCAUCUGAAAUGCAACGGCACUGAGAAAUGCCAAGUGCACAGAACAUGUCUCGCCUUUGUUUCCGGUGGCUUUUGCAGAUAUGCAAACUCAAAAAAAUAUUUUGGUUGACACCACUGUAUUUGUGUUUCUAUGAGAGUGCACUUUAUUCAUUUAUAAUUUAAGAAGAGUGCAAGUCUUUUUAACUGUUAUACCACAAGUGCUUUAAUGUUUAAAUGAGAAGGCAGGAAUUGAAAUAGCUUUGGUAAUAGCGGUGACAAGGUUGAUACUUAAGUGGUGAUGGUAAGGCGGAUGCUUUUUGAAGAGAGUAUAAAAAGUGGCAAUUAUUCGGGUUUUUUUGUCCGUUUCCUUUUACAUUUCCCACUGAGAAUAUGUUUAUGAAAAACAACUUAAACCCAUCAAUAAAUUUUCUUUGUCUAUGUUUCAGUGUUUGAAAUGCUUUAUGUAUGUCUGUAAAUCUAGUUUCAUGCUUUCAAUUUUGGAAAUAAACACUGAAUGCAAACUGC